GUGGCCUCGGGACUUCACCUGUCGCAGGUAAAUUGAAGUGCGACACUCAAACACGGAAGUUAACAGCUGUCGCUUGGAAGAAAAUCGCGCCUGUCGAUGAUUUAGGUUCAGCUUCAUUUUUUCACAAUGUUUAAACACAAGCUUUUCGCGCUCUGUUUCCUACUUCAAGCUGGACUGGGCCAGACCUGUGACUGGGACCAGACCACGGAUCCGAACCAGGGCCUCGCCCCUGACUCUUGGGCAGCGGGGGCUCGCUACCUGAACUAUAGUCAGGAGGUGUCGGACCCGGAGAGCUGCCGGACCGCCUGCUGUGAAGUCGCGGGCUGUGACCUGGCUCUGGUCGGGCUGCCAGCGGACGGAGGACUGCAGUGUAUGCUGGUGAGCUGCGGGCCCGCCGGGUGCACAUUACAGCAGAACUCCCAGUUCCAGGUGUUCCGAAGGAACGUCCAGAGCGAGGCCGAGCAGGAAGCGCCUACAGACGGGGAGAAGCUGCACGUCGUCCCGCUGCUGGAGGGCGAAGAGCCGCGGAGCAACGAGACUAACAGCGAUCUUUGCCGUCUUCCAAAGAAGACUGGACCAUGCCGGGCCGCGUUCCCCAGGUUCUUCUACAACGUGACGAGUCAGAGCUGCAACGGCUUCAUCUUCGGCGGCUGCGAGCCCAACAGCAACAACUUUGAGUCCCAGGAAGACUGCGAGGCUGCUUGCAAGGGAGUCACCGGUUCGGUUCUGCUUGAAGACCCGACUUCUGCUCCUCCUCCGCCAGCUCCCAAAGCUCCUCGGAUGGCGCCAGAAGAGUCCGCACCUCUACAGAAGACCGAAAUCGCAGCUGAUGAGUAUGCAGAAAAGUGUGUAGCAGAGUACCAGACAGGUCCAUGCAGAGCUGCCAUAAAGCGCUGGUUCUACAACAAAGAGAAGGGCAUCUGUCAGACCUUCAUCUAUGGCGGUUGCAGAGGAAACGAGAACAACUACGACAGUGAGGACCGCUGCAUGACUACCUGUACAGGAGUUACUGUCCUCCCAUCCUCCAAGAAGGUCCCAGAAGAUGACAAAGGUCCUGCAGAUGCCACAGAUCGCUGCAGUUUGAGUCCUGAGUCUGGACACUGCCGUGCUGCGUUCCCCAAGUUCUACUACGACCCGGACUCUGCUUCCUGUCAGAGCUUUGUGUACGGUGGAUGUGGUGGGAAUGCCAACAACUUUGACUCUAUGGAGGAGUGCAUGACCGCUUGCAGUGGGGGAGAUGUGUACGAUGGUCAUGGUGAGACCAGAAGUCGAUGGACUGCAGCCUUCUUCCUCUUCGUCACGCUGGCUGCCAUCUCCGCUGUGUUGCUGGUCACGCUUGUCGUCAUCACACUGAGACGCCACCGUCUGUCCCGUCAUUACUCCACCGUCAGUGACAAGCAGGAGCUAAUCCCAAGUUCUGACGAGCUGUCGUCUCAGGACUCAAUAAUCAUCCCUGAGAGCCCCAAACCAGAACCAAAAGCUUGAGGGCUCCUGGAUCCGCCUGGGUUCUGCCUUAGAACUGAUCCUUUCUCACCUCUUACAGCGAUUAAUCAGGGUGAUGCAAAGCUGAUUCGAUGUUGGAUCAAUUGAGCAGUUAAUUGGUAUCAGUCCUAGGGGGGCUGCAGGGGUGGAGCUUCAGUUUUGAGGCAGAUCUUGCAUCAAUAAAAUAUUUUCUUUUCCUUGCAGCAUCAGAGCUCUAGCUGAUUUUGUCAUUGAUCACCUCAUUAAAGGUCCUCUGCUCAGGGUCCCUCGGGGAUCGGGUUACUGUCAUGAUCCUCUCAUUAUUUAAUUAUUCAUGAAUCUGUUUAAAAUUAGCAAUCCUGAAGUAAAAAUUAUUUAAUCCAGAUAUGAGUUUCUGUUUUCAGACUCGAUCAUUUCCUGUUUUCUGUCAGAAACGGUUACUGAUUAUUUCUGAUCAUAUUAGAUGGGAAGACUGAGAUGGUUCCUCCUGUCAGGUUCUGCCUGUCUUCUUCAUCCAUGUGAUCCUGGUCCUGAUGGAUCUUUAGAGUUACUUUUAAACUGAUUAUUACAGUCGGUUAUCAGGAACUUCUUAUAACCUCCGUCUCUGUGACAAUUAAUUUUCUGUGGUUCUGGAUGGUUCCACUUGUAAUAAUCAGCUGAUCAUUUCCUCAUCUCUCUGGUUUCGAUCAUCUCCUGUGAAGCUCUUGAGUGUUUCAGCAGAAAUCAGGUUGUUUCCUUGGAGCCUAAAUCUUUUCUGUUGUUCAGCAACAAACCAGUUUCAGAUCUGGGUUUGGAGCCAUCUGACACCAAGUCCAGAAACAGCUGGAGCUUAACUGGAGAUGAUCAGAACUAUAUAGGUGAAGAAGCGGUUCAGCCAAGCAGGACCAUCCAGAACCUGCAGAUUCUUGAUUGCUGACAGGUCAACACAUCAGAUCAACACCUCCUUAUGUGCUGUUUGGACUUUAACUGGUUCUGUUUGCUGGCUUGGCCCAGAGCUCAGAGCAGAGGUUACGAUAGGCUGUCAUUAGGACACUUUUCCUUUUAAAGUUGAUGUGAUUGAUUAUUGAUCAGUGAGAUGAUCAGCUGACAGAUCGGAGCUCAGGUUGUUUUAAUUAGGAUGUUUAAAUGAAACUUGUUCUGUGAUUAAAUCAAUUAAUGAAGGAAGGGAUAACUUUGCUCACUUGUUUUCAGUUGAUGAUUUAUUGAUCAUUAAUCAGUGGGAUUAUAUUUAAUUAUUGGUAGAUGUUAGAUUAUCAGUUUUAUUAAACAUUUGAGAUUGUAUGUGUGUGUAGGUCAUUGAUGGUGGUAGGUGGAUGUGUGUAUUGAUCGAUUGGGAUCUGACAGAAUCACCCUGCAGGUGAAACACCAUGACAAUAAAUUACUGUUUAAACUGCAAUUCUCAUGAUGCAUCUGCAUAGACUGGUUCCCCUGCAGGCUGAGGUCUGAACAGCAUCGCUCAGUUUUAUUGAUUAUUAAUCAGAGAAUCUUUAAGUCUGCUGUUGAAUUCAUUUAAGUUUUAAUUCCUUUGAAGAUAAUCGGGGUCAUGCUGGUGUUUAUUGAUCUGUUCCUGAACUUUUAAAUGUCAUACAUGAAACCUUAAUUAAAUACUGAUCAGGUUAUUGAUUUUAUUUUUUAAUCUUGUCAGAGAUUCUGUUGUGAUUGAAAUUGUGAACAAUAACCUUAUCACGUUCUAUAGAAACAAUAAAUCAGAUUUAACCCAUACUAUCUGAACCAGCGCUUCAUUUGCAUGUUUCUGUUGAUCAGCUGAAGCUGCAGUGUCUGUUAUAAAUCAGCUGAGGUUCAACUGCAGAAAAAACACCUUAGGAUGUGUGAGAGAUUCCAGCAAGGUGCAGGACCAUCUCUUGAGGAAAGCUACAGUGUAAUGUUGCCACCAGUGCAGAGCUUGCUCAGGAUUGGCAGCAGGUUUAUGCAAGUACAUUUGCGAAGAAGCAAAUUCUGUCAGACUGGAAUUCCACAGGGAGGAAAAGCCACAGGAGCAUUCUCAUGAAUUCUGAUUGUUUUGGAAAAAAUUAUGAAUUAAAUUAAACGGAUUAUCCCACAGCA